UUGAGUAAAGAAAACCCCAUUGCCAUUGCAGAGUACGGAAGCUUUUUUCGAGAGAGCAGAUCUAGGGCAAGCGAUGUCAAAUAUGGAGAUGGAGAAGAGGGAGCUGACUUUGUACAACACGAGGACUCAACAGAAGGAAGUUGUAAAGCCCAUCAACCCCGGCAAGAUCCGGAUGUAUCUCUGUGGGAUUUCUGCUUACGGUCUCAGCCAUCUUGGCCACGCUCGUGCUGCCGUCUCCUUUGACGUCCUAUACAGAUACUUAAAGCAUUUGGGUUAUGAAGUUACUUAUGUCCGGAAUUUUACAGAUGUUGAUGACAAGGUAAUCAACAGAGCUAAAGAGUGUGGGGAGAACCCCUUAGAUCUCAGUAGUCGCUUUUGCGAUGAGUAUCUUGUUGAUAUGGGUGCUCUUCAGUGCCUCCUUCCCACCCACCAGCCUCGUGUCAGUGACCAUAUGGAGCACAUAAUCAAGAUGAUUGAAACGAUCAUUGCCAAAGAUUGUGGGUAUGAAGUGCGCGGUGACGUGUUCUUCUCUGUUGAUAAGUCACCAAAUUACGGUCAAGUGCUGGACCAUACUCGAGCUGGUGAGCGUGUCGCUGCUGAUCCAAGGAAGCGCAAUCCUGCUGACUUUGCACUAUGGAAGGCUGCAAAACCCGAUGAACCAAGUUGGGAGAGCCCCUGGGGUCCAGGAAGACCUGGAUGGCACAUCGAGUGCAGCGCAAUGAGCUCCCUUUAUCUGUCUCCGAGGUUUGACAUCCAUGGUGGUGGCUCAGAUCUGAAAUUCCCUCACCAUGAGAAUGAGAUCGCCCAGACAUGUGCUGCUUGUGAUGAUAGUGGUGUGACUUACUGGUUGCAUAAUGGGAUUCUCACCAAAGACAACGUGAAGAUGGGAUCAUCACUUGGCAACGUUGUUACCAUUAGAGAUAUCAUGGCGAAGUACCAUCCGCUGGUUCUGAGACACUUCUUGAUCAGUGCACACUACCGGUCUCCUCUGAGCUUUUCGGUAUUGCAGCUAGAGAGAUCGUCGGAUACUCUAUUAUCUAUUUAUCAGACUUUACAAAGUCUAACCGAAGCACUCUCCCCACAUCAAGAAGCAAUCUCCAGAGAUGGUACAGAGACAGAUCAGACUGCAAAAGCCAAAGCCAUCAUAAAGAAUGUGAAAAGUCACUUUGAAACUCAAAUGUCAGACGACUUGAACACUGCCAAACUACUCUCAGGGUCUUUUCAAGAUGCAAUGGGAUUCAUCAGCACUUCAAUCAUCAAGCUCAAGACAUCGCAAAAGAAGCACCUGAUGUCGAUGGUGGUGUCUCUGUCGGAGGUUGAGAAAGCAGUCAGGGAUGUUCUCGAUAUGCUUGGUUUGCUCACUCCUCUCACCUAUGCAGAUUUUUUGAAAGAGCUGAAACAAAAAGCUUUAGCAAGAGCAAAACUCGGAGAAGAAGAGGUUUCUGAGAACAAACUAGUUUUUGAGAGCAAUGAUGGGAGAGUGGUGUGUCAUCUUGCUUCUGACAAGGAUAAGAAGACAUCCAUAGAGGUCAUGGAUUUUGCCACACCUGCUGGGAAUAUAGUACGAUACGUGAGGAAAACAUUUGGAAGCAGUGAGUUGGCAGCCGCCGAAAAGGAAUUUAGAGUAAUGAAAAGUCUUAGAGGGGCAAUUGGAGUGAUCCAAUGUAAGGGAGACUCCAUCCAUGAGAGGAAAACAUAUCUUGGUGAAAAAGUCUACGUAAUCUUUAUGGAGUAUGCAAGAGGUGGUACUCUAGGAGCUAUGAUCAAACUGCACCCUAAGGGACUCCCGCCAGCAACUGUGAGCAAAUGGACGCGUAUGAUCCUUGUUGCACUUAAAUCAAUCCAUGAGGCUGGAUUUAUACACGGAGAUCUCCACGCCCAGAACGUUCUUCUUUUCCCUCGUGAGGGAGAAUUAGAAGAAGUAAGAAUCUCAGAUUUUGGGGCCUCUGUAGAGCUUGGUGAGAAUGUCAGCUGGUGGAGCCUUGACAGCAGAUUCCUAGCGUGUCCAGACAUCAUGUCUCCAGAGUCAGUUUUGAAGGGAAUGCUCGUGGAAGCGCAUGACAUAUGGGCGGUAGGAUGCGUAGUUCUUCAGAUGUUCACAAACAAACCUCCGUGGCCCAAUAGUUACAGAACGUCGAAAAUCGAGAGUUGUUUCUUACUCAAUGUGGCACCUACAGUUCCUCCCACCUUACCUGAUACUGCGAGGGAUUUUGUAAGACUUUGUUUGAAACUUGACCCUGAAGAACGCGCCACCAUUCCACAACUGUUGGAUCACCCGUUCCUGUCGGACCAGGAAGCUUAGGAGAGUCCCAGCUCAGAGACACGACUCAUCAGGAUCUCUCUCACUCCCUCUCUCUCUCUCUCUCUCUCUCUCUCUGUGUAUGCAAAUCAUAUAGGGCAUAACAGAAAUCUCUCUCUUUCUCUGUCUGAACUUAAGUAAUUAGGUAUC